CGCUGCCGCUCGUUAAGGUUUGUAAAUUACUCUGGAAAUUAAAGGGCUGUGUACGUGUUUUUAAGCGAAGAUGGACUGCAUAUGCGAUACAUCAGUAAAUUUGGGUCCUGCUUUGAGGGAAGGAUGUCAGGCGUUGGGGGUGGGAAGCGACCCUCGGGAGGGGACAGUCCCCCUGGCCCGCCUGAGAAGAAGAGUAAGAAAGAAGAGAAGACAACGACGACCCUCAUUGAGCCCAUACGUAUAGGGGGAGUGUCUUCUACGGAGGAAAUGGACAUGAAGGUGAUCCAGUUUAAAAACAAAAAGUUGUGUGAGCGCCUGGAGCAAAGGCAGGCCAUGGAGGAUGAGCUGCGUGAAAAGAUAGAAAAGCUGGAAAAAAGACAAGCGACAGAUGACACCACGCUGCUUAUUGUAAACCGCUACUGGUCUCAGCUGGAAGAAAGCGUUCGUAUCCUGCGCCAACGCAUUGAGCCACCAACCUCCCAGACACCUGCCCUGGACCCUCCUUCUGCCUUGCCACCUGACUCUGCUACAAUGGGGAUGGAUGGAGAAAUUCCACUUCCGCCAGCCCCCACUCAGCCUUCAUCUCCACUCCCAGAGCCAGAGAAUGAUGGGGAGCCACCCGAGCCGCAGCCCCGGGAGGAGCAGCCAGAGCAGCAGCCACCUCCGCCUCCCGACAGGCUGGAUGACACAUCUGUGGAGCCCUCCCAGGAAUCAGCCACAGACUCACUGCCACCCCCUCCCCCACUGAGCGAGAAUACCAAGGUCUUCCUGGCAACACUGGACCACAGUGGCGAAGAGGAGCUCAGUCUGCAACUGCAGGACCGCAUGCAGUUUAGUAAGGAAGCUGUUGCCUGCCUGGUGUGUGUUUUUGACAGACUCUACAGCCGCAUCCAGGAGCUCUGCAACAAAGUCCAGGCUGCAGCAGUAAGUGAGGAUGAUAGCCAGUCUGAUGUUAUCAAUCAGAACCACACUCUGCAGGAUGAAAACGGCCGCCUGCAUGACCUGGCUUCUUUCCUACAGGGCCGACACCAUAAGAUGUCCAUGGAGUACAACGAGCUGGUGGACAAGGUGACCAGCUCUGAGACCAAGGUGUCUGAAAUGGAGACGACCGUGGAAGACCUGCAAUGGGACAUCGAGAAGCUUCGCAAGAGGGAACAAAAACUCAAUAAGCACCUGGCCGAGGCCCUGGAACAGCUGAAUUCUGGGUACAACAGUUGUGGCAGCUCAGGAGGACUGCCUGGUGGGCAGAUCACUCUCAAUAUUCAGAAGUUUGAAAGUCUGAAUGCGGAGCUGGAACAGAAUCAGGAGCUGGCCAACAGCCGGAUGGCGGACCUGGAGAAGCUGCAACUCGAACUCCAGGAGGCCGUGAGAGAAAGCGAGAAGCUCAAGCUGCCGAAGCCCCGGCACAGCUGGAAAACUCACCCCACAGCUCCAGAAAAUAUGGACCUACGAAACAUUCCAGAAGAGGUUGUGAAGGAGACCCCGGAGUACAAGUGUCUUCAAUCCCAGUUCUCUCUGCUCUAUAAUGAGUCACUGGGGGUGAAAACCCAACUAGAUGAGGCGCGCGCCCUCCUCCUCACUGCCAAGAACGCUCACCUGCGACAGAUCGAACACAUGGAGAGUGAUGAGUUGUCCCUUCAGAAGAAGCUGAGGACAGAGGUGAUCCAGCUGGAGGACACCCUUGCUCAGGUCCGUAAAGAAUACGAGAUGCUGCGCAUUGAGUUUGAACAGAACCUGGCAGCCAAUGAACAAGCAGGCCCCAUCAACAGGGAGAUGAGACAUCUGAUCAGCAGCCUGCAGAACCACAACCUCCAGUUGAAAGGAGACGUGCAGCGCUACAAGAGGAAGCUCCGUGAGACGCAGAUGGAAAUCAACAAGUUGCGGUGCCAGAGCGGAGAGUCAGGGGUGCUGAUCCUGGAGGAGAACACGAGCGACAGCGUGGAGGUGAAGAAGGAGGAGGAAGAGGAACAGCAGCAAGAGGAGGAGGAGGAGAGGAGGAAGGAGCUGGAGAGACAGCGUGCCCGGGAGAGAGAAAGGGAGGCUGAGCGGGAGAGGGAGAGGGAGCGGGAGAGAGAGCGGCUCCGCAGCGAGGAGCUGAAGAGGAAGGACUCUGACACGCUGAAGAUGCUCCGAGCAGAACUCAAGAAAGCCCAAGAGUCUCAGAAAGAGAUGAAGUUGUUGUUGGACAUGUAUAAAUCUGCCCCCAAGGAACAGAGGGACAAAGUCCAGCUCAUGGCCGCUGAACGCAAAUCCAAGGCUGAGGUGGAUGAGCUGAGGGUGAGGGUGAGGGAGCUGGAGGAGAGGGAGAGGAAGGAGAGCAAGAAACUGGCUGAUGAAGACGCCUUGAGGAAGAUCCGGGUAGCGGAGGAAACCAUCGACCAUCUACAGAAGAAACUUGCUGCAACUAAACAGGAGGAGGAGGCCUUGCUGAGCGAGAUGGAUGUGACCGGCCAGGCCUUCGAAGACAUGCAAGAGCAGAACAGCCGCCUGCUGCAGCAACUCAGGGAGAAGGAUGACGCCAACUUCAAGCUGAUGAGUGAGAGAAUCAAAUCCAACCAGAUCUACAAGCUCCUCAGGGAGGAGAAGGAGGAGCUGGCUGACCAAGUCCUCACCUUUAAGACCCAGGUGGAUGCGCAGCUGUUGGUGGUUCAAAAGCUGGAGGAGAAAGAGGGGGUGCUCCAGAGCUCCCUGGCUGCCCUGGAGAAAGAACUGGGAGUUCGGACACAAGCACUGGAACUCAACAAGAGGAAGGCGGUGGAGGCUGCCCAGCUGGCAGAGGACCUGAAGGUGCAGCUGGAGCACACCCAGGCCAAACUGAAGGAGAUCCAGGUCUCCGUAGCCGAGAAUCGCACUGCCCGCGAGAGGGAGAGCGGCAACCUGAAACGGGCCCAGGAGGACCUGUCUAGGCUGAGAAGGAAGCUGGAGAAGCAAAAGAAGGUGGAAGUUUACACGGAUGCUGACGAGAUCCUACAAGAGGAGAUCAACCAGUACAAGGCCAAGCUGCGUUGUCCAUGCUGUAACACACGUGACAAAGAGACGGUGCUCACCAAGUGUUUCCACGUCUUCUGUUAUGAGUGUCUGAAGACGCGCUACGACACGCGCCAGAGGAAGUGCCCCAAGUGCAACUGCGCCUUCGGAGCCAACGACUUUCAUCGCAUCUACAUUACCUAACCGGCUGAGAGAGUUGGGGGAAACAGUGGAUAGAACCAGAAGAAAGGAAAAUGGGGAAAUGGCAAAAAGAAAAAAAGAAAAAAAAGAACUGGGCAUGUGUCCAAAAAGACGAGCGUUCUGGGAGAUACUGGAGGCAUGCGGUUUCCUGCUUUAAUCUCUCAUGUUGGAAAGACUUGUUUUACUGCGCGUCAUCAACUCUUGGUGACCAAACUUAUAGUGAGAGUUUUGACUGAUUGUUUCAAUGUAGUUAAUAAACACUGUUGUUUGUGCACACAGUGAUGUUGUAACCAUGUCCACGCGCCACGCUG